AUGCCUCCGGUAAACAAGGCUGUUCCAGAGCCCAGCGUUGCUACGAAUGGCCAUCCAGUCACUGAGGCUCCUCUACCGCCACUAAAUGUUAAAAAAGGGCGCAAGUCACAUCGCGCCGAGCCUACUACCAACGGCGAUGACAGCGCAAUGGAAAUUGACACCAACGGCAUCGGUCAUGACCGAGUGUCCGCUCCUCCAACAGUGAAAUCUCCAUCCUCGGCGGGACUUGCUGACGCAGAAGGAGAUAUCGACAUGGAUCUGGCGCCAGCUGUUGAGUUGCAUCACGAAAAACAAGAAACGCCUAUCGACACAUUGACGGCAGGACGAAGCGUUGGCGUGCAAUAUGUUUCCGCCAAGGUGUCCGACCUUAGUGCCGACACAACCAUUCUCGACGUCGACGUGGCCCGCGAAGACCACGUGACCAGGUCGGCUUGGCGGCCCUUUGAUUCGUCAAUCUUCGCCGCGGCUGGCCUUAGCUUUUGCAGUCUGUACAAGCUGGCGCCCAGCAGCACGGAAAAGAUAUACGACAGCAAGGACGAUGGCAGCUGGGUUACGGCUGUGUCGUGGGAGCCCUCGGGUCAGAAGCUAGCUCUCGCCACCUACAAUGAUCACCGAUCAUCGAUACAAAUGUACGACAGCAGUGGAAGUGUGGUCGAUCUAUUACCCACGGCAUCCGGAAUGAUUAAUGGACUUCACUGGGCUCCUAAAGGCACGCAUAUGGUGGUAUGCUCAUCGAACAACGUGAGCUCAGAGCUUUCUCUCUGGGACGACUCCAUCAAGCCGGAAGAAUUUCCUUCCUAUCAGACAAUCGACGCGCAUGUCCACGACAUCACCUGGGCGGGCGAUAAUCAUGUAUUUGCGUCUGGCCUAGGAUCAGUUUGGCAGUGUGAAAUUGACUCGACGUUGCAAAUGCAAAUUGUGAAUCGGUAUCAAUCGCGAGAAUCAAAUACGGAGUGGUCCUAUAUCCGAGGUGUCCAGACCGGCAGUGGUCCCGUUGCAGUCGCAGCUGCAAGUUCUGCAUGUAGUCUGUGGAUUCCUACUCAUGAUACUCUUAUUGAGGAUGCCCACCGUGCUGAUAUUACGGGCAUUGAAAUCCGACCCAAACACCAAGACCAAGAUGCAAACACCAGCACUUCUUUCACGUUCGCUUCUGCAUCGCUUGACGACACCGUGAAAGUCUGGACCUUCGACGUAGAGUCCAAGAAGAUUACCUGUUUGCAUACACUAUUUCUUUCGCCUGGUCUUCCAGCCCUGGCCUUGGCAUUUUCUCCGGACGGAUGGGCUAUUGCGGCUGCCAGCACCGAUAGACUUUUCGUUUGGAAUACGGAUCGUGGAGACGAACCGAUUGCUACUUGGGUCUGUCCAGCAGAUUCUGCAACGGGAAAUCCGGAGAGGCCUGUAAAUGGCGAGAAUGGCUCUGGCCCAGUAGAGGUUUACCGUACCAUUGGUUGGGAUACGAAUGGCAAAAAGAUUGCAAUGGGAUACGGCAAGAAGGUAAUCACUUAUUUUUUGAAUAAGAACGAGAAAGAAUGA